CAAGUCUGUGCUGACUGGGAACAUACUGUACCUGUGCCCAAGCAAAGCUCCUAAUCAGUGGUAAGCAAUGAACUUGCACUAUGAGAAUGGAUUCAGGGGAGACUCAGAUUGACGGAUACUUUAAGACUUUCGUGCCAUACCCAAUGGAUUACAACAAAAUCCAACGGAAAAGUGUCGAUCACAAACAGAAAAUCAGCAACGGCAACGCAAGAGGCCGCCAACAACAACCCAUAAAAUAUUCAAGCAAUGGGAAGUUUGCUUUUUACAAUGACCAAGACAGAAUGUUAAAGCAGCGACACCAGCAAUGCAACAGAACUGCCUUGUCCCUUAUUGCCGAGCUUGGGUCUGAAAGCAACGCUCACGGAUUUGCCAAAAUCGUCACGUCGGUCGACACGAAGAGGAAAGUAAUCUGGGCUCUGUUGGUGAUCAUCGGCUUCACGGCGGCGACGCUGCAGCUGUCCCUGCUGGUGCGGAAGUACCUCCAGUUCCAGGUGGUUGAGGUGUCAGAGAUCAAGGACAGCAUGCCCGUGGAGUUCCCCUCAGUGACGCUGUGCAACAUCGAGCCCAUGUCAUGGCGCAAGGUGCGGACGUUGUUUGACAACCCAAGCAGUGAGCUGAUGACGUGGCUGCGGUUCCUGGACAGCGACAGCUUCACGUUUGGAGACCAGCAGGCCCACCUCACGUCCAUCAGGGCCUUCUACGAGAACCUGGGUGAAGAGGCCAAAUACAUCAGCCACGACAUAAACGAUUUCCUAAUCCACUGUAGAUUCAACGACGAAAUCUGUUCCGUGGAAAAUUUUACAACGACGUUCGAUGGUAACUACUUCAAUUGUUUCACUUUCAAUAUGGGCGAUAUGGAGGAAAAGCUUCUCAUGCAUGCUACCGGACCGCAGAACGGUCUGUCUUUGAUUAUUUCGUUGGAUAAUGAUGACCCACCGUUCGGUACAUAUGGAAUAUAUCAUCUUAAUUCCAAUAUUCUGCACAGUGCUGGUGUGAGAGUUGUGGUGCAUGCUCCGAACACCAUGCCGAGUCCUGUGAAUCAUGGUUUUGAUGUUCCACCCGGAUAUUCAUCUUCAAUUGGAUUAAAAGCUGUGUUACACUCGCGGUUAUCAGAACCGUAUGGAAACUGUACCACUGAGGGCCUAAUGGGUUCUCAGAAAUACAGGAACACAUUUUUCUCCUGUUUGCAAUUAUGCAAACAAAGGAUUAUUAUUACUAAGUGUGGAUGUAAGUCUUCCGGAUUACCGGAGGUGCUGGAUAACAAUAUUACAUUCUGUGGAGUUAUUCCCAACUGGAAACACAUUCUGUUGCAUCAGAGUAACAAUUCGGAGGCCAAAGCAAUCCGAAUCCACACUCUGGCCUGUGAACAGACGGUGCUGCAGGAGAUGGCUAACGACAGGAGUUACGAGAUAUCCUGCAAAUGCUUCCAGCCUUGUCGCGAGACAACCUUCCAGAAGUCGGUGUCUCUGUCCUACUGGCCGCUGGAGUUCUACCAGUAUGAUGCCCUGCAGCUCUUCUACGGAGAGUCCAUCGAACAGAACUUCAUGCAUGAGGCGUACACGUUUUUAAAAAAGCUGGCUAACAUGACGCAGAUCAUGAUAGAGAAAAAUGACACACGUACAGAGAACAUCUUAAAGCAGAGUUACACACUGACACAGAAGGAGCAAGCGGAGCGGGCGUCCAAUCUUAUUCGCCAGAAUUUGCUUCGCCUGAAUAUAUACCUGGAGGAUCUGAGCGUGGUGGAGUUCCGCCAGUUACCAGGAUAUGACCUGGCAGACCUGUUUGCCGAUAUCGGUGGAACACUUGGUCUGUGGAUGGGUAUCUCUGUGUUGACAAUCAUGGAGCUGAUGGAGUUAAUCAUUCGUCUUUUUCUGUUGCUGUUUAAUUCAGAGAAAAAGCUACCAGACCAUGAUGCUCUGUCAAAUGGUAUGCUAGAUCAUGAACGGGAUUACGAGUAUGAAACUCACACUGAGUCUCCUGUAUGACACGAAUGACUACACACACCUCUACACAAACACACCUCUACACACACACACACACACACACCUCUACACACUCACACACCUCUACACACACCCUACACCCCCCACCCCAAACAACAUUCACAAACACACAUUACACACCAAACACCACACCAAACAUACACACACAAAACAUACAUGUAGCAUUUCAGUUCUGUCAUUCUUGGGCUGGGAUAUAGCUCUGUGGUACAGCAUUUGCCUGAAGAACUGGGGGUCACAGGAUCAAUACCCUGUCUUUGUUUUUUUUUCAAUCCCAAGCUGUGCUCCACAACUGGUACAUCAAAGGCCAUAGUAUUUUCUAUCCUGAAAAAGCACAUAUAAAAACAUAUCUUGCAGCUGUUUAAUUACAACCACAUGUUGUUCAUUGACUAGCCCUAUUCACAAUGUGCUGAGGUGUCGUUAGUCAAGUAACUUAUUAAACUCUGAACUGAGAAUAAUUAAACACAUUAGACUCCUAUACUAUUAGAAAACAGCAAGACAAACAUGUAGGCUACUAUACAAUCAGAAAACAGCUAGACAAACAUGUAGGCUACUAUACAAUCAGAAAACAGCUAGACAAACAUGUAGGCUGCUAUACAAUCAGAAAAAAGCUAGACAAACAUGUAGGCUGCUAUACAUUUAGAAAAAAGCUAGACAAAUAUGUAGGCUGCUACUACCAGAAAAAAGCUAGAUAAACAUGAAGGCUGCUACUACCAAUAACAGCUAGACAAACAUGUAAGCUGCUACUACCACAAAACAGCUAGACAAACAUGUAGGCUGCUACUAACUACCACAAAACAGCAAGACAAACAUGUAGGCUGCUACUACCACAAAACAGCAAGACAAACAUGUAGGCUGCUAUACUACCACAAAACAGCUAAACAGCUAGACAAACAUGCAGGCUGCUACUACUACCAAAAAACCAGCUAGACAAACGUGUAGGCUGCUAUAAUACCAUAAAACAGCUAGACAAACAUGUAGGCUGCUACUACCAGAAAACAGCUAGACAAACAUGUAGGCUGCUACUACCAGAAAACAGCAAGGGAUCUAUGACCUUUAACAAUGUACCAGUGAUGAACCAUUGGUUGGGACAGGGAAAACUCACGCAGUUCAAGAAUGGGGUUCCACCUUAGGGAUUUAUCACAGACAUUUUGCCUGGGUCCUAUGUGUGACGGGAUUGUGAAAAUUAGCAAAAGAAAAUCAUACUUGGGACAUGUUUUCAGUCCACUGAAUGAUGAGGUACACCACUGUUAAAUUAAUUUAUUACAACAGUCAUAUAUAUUGGGAAGUUUUAGUACAGAAAUUGGGAAUUUUCAGUGUCACCUUCUUUUGGGAAAGGGCUUAUGUUCGGACCCACAGAACACCUGGAGAAAUCUCUGUACCCCGUUCAUGUAUUACUGGGUAUUACAUGUAAAUAUGCUGACAUGUAUUACUGGGUAUUACAUGAAAAAUAUGCUGACAUAUUUAAAACCAAAUCAUGACAUAAUACUUGCUAUAUCAGUAAAGCUGCCAACAUGUUAUGCUAGCAGCUAAUAUUGUAUGAUGUACAGUAUACACAACUCUAGUUCUGCAAUAUGUAAAUAGAGCAGAUGAUUGCAAUUUCUGUACUGUGAUCUAAUCAGUUUUGUAUGCCAUAAUACCUCAAUCCAUAUAAACUUUGUAUAAUUCCAAAUAAAAUUAUUCACAAUUUGCCAUAUAACUAUACAUAAAGUACAAAACAAAUGUACUAUAUACCUGAUGACACAUUUCAGAUAGAUUUCAUAUUGCAUAUCUCUGAUCACACAAACUGUAAUAGGCAUAUUUCUUGCUGUAGUUCAACAUGAACUACAACAAUUGAACUAAUUCCAAGAGUAUAUUAUUUAUUAUCUAGGAACUCUGACAUGUUCACGAUUUGUCCAUCUCACAGAUGUUAUCAGGAAAAGUAAAAAAUAAUUAUUUCCUAAAUUUGAAUAUUUGUAAACCCACUUUUUAUUUGAUGCACGUCCGGUGUGGGAUUGAUCCCCAUUGGUGGGCCCAUGUGGCUAUUUCUUGUUCCAGUCAGUGCACCACGGCUGGUGUAUUAAAGGUAGUGGUAUGUGCUAUUAAAAGAAUCCUUCAUAUGUG